AUGAAGGCCUCUAAUAUCAACAAAUCUGGAAUGUUCAGAAUUCGAGCAUUCAACGGAAAGCAUACAUGUCCUUUAAAAGAUAGAGUUUAUUCGCAAAGACAUGUAACUAGAUAUUUAAUAGGAGGGAUUGUGAAACCUAAAUUUGUAGAUCAUAAGCGUAAAUAUACACCAGCUGAUAUAAGAAAAGAUGUUAAGAUUGAUCUAGGAGUUGAUGUUAACUAUAUGUUGGCUUGGAGGGCCAGGGAGAAAGCGUUGAAAUCUUUGAGGGGUACACCAGCUGCAUCAUAUGCAAAGUUACCUGCGUAUUUGUAUAUGAUGGAUAUCACUUACCCGGGGUCUCAUAUACGUAUGAAAAAGAGUAUGAAUAAUGAGUUCUUGUAUCUAUUUGUUGCAUUGAAUACAUUUAUCCAAGGAUUCAAUCAUUGUAGACCAGUAGUCGUGGUGGAUGUUAGUCAUCUGAGAGGUCCAUAUAAUGGGACAUUUGUUGCAGCAAGCACGACAGAUGGCGCUGUGUCUGAUAGAAUUGAGAGCAUUAUAAAGGCUGUUACAAAUGUAUACAGUAAUGUACCACACUAUGCUUGUAUGUUCCAUUUAUGGAAUAACGUUCAGAAAAAGUUUAGAAAAUCUCAUGAGAAGUUAUCUGGUAAAAAGAAGAUAUAA